UUGUUGCUAACGUUAUGUAACUAGCUAGCUAAUUUGCUAGCAGCUAAUUACAUAUCUAACUACAUUGCUAACUUGGCUAGCUUUGUAUUUUGUCGACAUGUUGACAGACUGCACCAUGACAUGUUUUUGGUAACAUUACACAGGUCAGAAAGAGAAGGCAAAGUUUGCCCCGCUGGUGCACCGUGAGAAGAAGCCAGGGCAUGGAGAGAAAGGAGGGGGGAAAAGGAGUGAGAAUAAGUGGAAAGGAGAGGGGGGUGGAAACAAGGAGAGAAACAUUGAUGUAGGAAAGAAGACAGGAGAAUCACGUGAAGGAGAGAGAGGAGUAGAGAGCAAGGGUGAGGCCUCUGGGUUAGAGAAGAAAAGAGGAGAACGGAUGAAGAAAGAAGGGAAGAAGAAGACGCCAGAUACAGAAAAAGUGAGGGCUGCAGAUAAAGGGGUUCCCCAGCAACAUGAAUGUAAAGGACAGAGAGGAGGAGGAGAGGGAGCGAAGGAGAAUAAAAAACAGAAAAAUAAGGAAGACCUAUCCAGGAAGGAAACAGAUAAAGGGAAGGAGGGAUUGAAUGUGAAAAAGAAGAAGAAAGAGAAUGAGAAGGUCAGGAAGGAAGGGAAAGAGACGAAAAUGAAGAGACCGAGGGAUGAGACAGAGAGCAAUAAGGUGCUCCCUCUAACAGACAGUCAGUAUGAUGAUAUAUUUGAUAGUGCUACGACUCUGGAGACACCUGUAGACAACUGUCUGGAGGAUGCCAGAGCUGUGCUGAGUGAGGUGGAGUUACUGCAGGCGACCAUUGACCAGGUCUCUCUCAGGGAGGAGGAACAGCCUCCCAGGAGAGUGUCUGGUGAGAGAAAGACUGCAGCGUCCGGCUCACACACACAGAGGAAGAGGAAGAGAAGAAGGGAGGAAGAGGAAGACAGCGACUCCAGUGCAGAAUGUGGGUAUUUUAUCCUCUAUCUCUUCCUUGUUCUCACUUUCUCUACCUCUCAUUCUCUCCCUAUUUCCCCCACUGUCUGUCUCCUAUUUCCUCUUCUUUCUGUCUUUCUCCCCUUCGUUCUCUCUCCCCCCUCCUCACCCCCAUGUCCUCCUCUAGUUGAUCAGUGGGUUCAGUGUAGUAGGUCUGUCUGUGGGAAAUGGAGAAGAGUAGAGAGACACGUUGACCUGGCUGCCCUUCCCAGCGACUGGACCUGUAUUCACGACACAGGCCCUGGUCUCUGUGAGGCUACGGAGGACAGCUGGUCGGGACAAGAGUGUGAUGUCAUCAACAGCAGUCUGGUUCCUGGGUCUCUGGUCUGGGCUCAACAGAUUGGAUAUCCUUGGUGGCCAGCGAUAGUGGAGAAAGAUCCAGACACCAAGACCUUCUGCCAGUUCAACAGGAAUACUGACCUGUACCCUUGCAGGUACCAUGUAACCUACCUGGGGGAACCAGUGAGCAGAGCCUGGGUGUGUCGGUCUAAAGUCAGAAAUUACACAGAACUCACUGAGGAUGCCGCCAUCACGGGGAAGUCUCUCCAGAGAUUCAAGAAGAAGUUGAGAGAAGCUGUCCUCAUAGCAACACAAGCCCAGAGUAUUCCACUCAAGAGGAGGUUGUCUAGGUUUGGGUUCUGGACUCAACAAACAUCAGACAGAGAGAGGUCAGAGGACAGCGACAUUGCCGAGGUGAUGGAGAUGCUUCUGGACCAUGAAAAGAGCAGGAGGUCAGCAUACGUCAGAAACAAGAAGUCAGCUGUGGUGAAUGCUGCUAAGAGACGGAGUGAAAGAGAGCAGAGUGAGCCCAGAAAGAAAACCAUGAAACAAGGAGGAAAGAGAGAAGGGAGGAGAGAUGACGAGACUGAAGGGAGGAGAGAAGACGAGACUGAAGGGAGGAGAGAAGACGAGACUAAAGGGAGGAGAGAAGGAGAGCAGCUUGGAAUAAAAAGACCAGGCGAGAAGGAGGAGGGAGUGUUCAAUAGACUAAAGCCUGUAAAGAAUAAUAAGUCAGAGCCAAUUGGAGGGGACCUGAACGAGGGAGGAAAAGGAGUGAGAGAGAAAAGAGGAGAGGAAGGUAAGAAGAGAGUGAUGACUCCCUGGCUCUCCAAACUAAAGAAAGGCAGCGCGACCACAGCCAGACCAGCCUCUCCACCCAGCAAAGACCAGACUGUACUAGAGAGAGAGGAGAAGAGAGAAGGAGUGGAGGAGAAGAGAGAGGGAGACGGGGUAGAGGAGGAAAGAGCGAAAGAGACCAGUAAAGGAGAAGAAAGGAUGGAACUGAGAGAGGAGAGAAGCCUGGAAGAGGAAGAGAAGGAGGAGGAAGAGGGACAUGAGUCUGAUAUAUCUGUUGAGGAGGAAGGGAGAGAAACAGGAGAGGGAGGAGAGGAACAACAGAUCAAGAAAAAGGAGGGGAAGGAGUUUGUACAGUCUGUGUUUGUCGGGGAGGGAGGAGAGGAUGAUUUCCUAGAUGAAGACAUGGAGAUUCUGGGCUGCAGAGAGGAAGUGAUGAAGAGACUAGCUCAGGAACCUAUUCAGGAAGAGGAGGAUGACUUCUCUCUCAUGCUGUUUGAGGAGGAGUAGAGAGAGGGAGGGAAGAGGAGGAUGACUUCUCUAUCAUGCUGUUUGAGGAGGAGUAGAGAGAGGGAGGGAAGAGGAGGAUGACUUCUCUGUCAUGCUGUUUGAGGAGGAGUAGAGAGAGGGAGGGAAGAGGAGGAUUACUUCUCUAUCAUGCUGUUUGAGGAGGAGUAGAGAGAGGGAGGGAAGAGGAGGAUGACUUCUCUAUCAUGCUGUUUGAGGAGGAGUAGAGAGAGGGAGGGAAGAGGAGGGUGACUUCUCUAUCAUGCUGUUUGAGGAGGAGUAGAGAGAGGGAGGGAAGAGGAGGAUGACUUCUCUGUCAUGCUGUUUGAGGAGGAGUAGAGAGAGGGAGGGAAGAGGAGGAUGACUUCUCUGUCAUGCUGUUUGAGGAGGAGUAGAGAGAGGGAGGGAAGAGGAGGAUGACUUCUCUAUCAUGCUGUUUGAGGAGGAGUAGAGAGAGGGAGGGAAGAGGAGGAUGACUUCUCUGUCAUGCUGUUUGAGGAGGAGUAGAGAGAGGGAGGGAAGAGGAGGAUGACUUCUCUAUCAUGCUGUUUGAGGAGGAGUAGAGAGAGGGAGGGAAGAGGAGGAUGACUUCUCUAUCAUGCUGUUUGAGGAGGAGUAGAGAGAGGGAGGGAAGAGGAGGAUGACUUCUCUGUCAUGCUGUUUGAGGAGGAGUAGAGAGAGGGAGGGAAGAGGAGGAUGACUUCUCUAUCAUGCUGUUUGAGGAGGAGUAGAGAGAGGGAGGGAAGAGGAGGAUGACUUCUCUGUCAUGCUGUUUGAGGAGGAGUAGAGAGAGGGAGGGAAGAGGAGGAUGACUUCUCUAUCAUGCUGUUUGAGGAGGAGUAGAGAGAGGGAGGGAAGAGGAGGAUGACUUCUCUGUCAUGCUGUUUGAGGAGGAGUAGAGAGAGGGAGGGAAGAGGAGGAUGACUUCUCUGUCAUGCUGGUUGAGGAGGAGUAGAGAGAGGGAGGGAAGAGGAGGAUGACUUCUCUGUCAUGCUGUUUGAGGAGGAGUAGAGAGAGGGAGGGAAGAGGGGAGUUGGUAACAUCUUCUGUUCGAGUCAGGAACCGUUUCUGUUUCUAUUGUUGAUGUAAAUAGUUCAGGUAUGUUUGUUAUGAGUUGGGUUACAUUAUUUAAUCAGUUGUAUAAUAUAAUAAACAUUGAAUUAUUUGUUUCUAACUUGUGAGUUUGUCUGGUUGUAAAUGGUGGAGAUGGGAGCAGCAUUGGACC